AUAGGGAACUUAAAGGAGUUAUCUCAUCCCGGGAAGAGGCGUCCCCACCACCCCGGCGAUCGAUCGAUUUGAUCCCCGCGCAGCCCAGCGAUGGAACUCGAAUUCCAUCGAGGACGAAGAGUGGCGCAGAACCAGAUUCCGUCCCAGGCAUACGGUCUCCGAGCCCCAGUGUCGAACUCAAAACCACCGGGGCCCCAGUAUAGCAUGGACGCGCGGAGUAUUCCUCGCUCGAUGAGCCGCGGUGCCGCUAAUCUGCUCCAACUCUCCGCUUCUGCUACCAUCUCUUCUUCCACUGCUACUGCUGCUGCCACUUCAACAACUCCUGCCACUAUCACAACCACAGUCCCUGCUCUUGCUUCCAUACCUACAACUACUACAGCGCCAGCAGGGACCAACAACCCCCAGCACCCCACCCCCGACAUAGGCCUUGCCGGCACCAACAAUGACGGCUGGUCUGCACGGGUACUAGACGAACUAAAGGACCUGCUCCUUCUUCUCAGUCACGAUGGGCAGGUUCUAUACGCGUCACCAUCAUGCUCUGAGGUGACAGGGAUUGAAUCGCACAUGCUAGAACAAAGCGAUUUCUCCCGUUUCGUCCAUGAAGACGACAAGCCUAUCCUAGGCCACGAAUUGGACGAGUGCAUCAAGACUGGACGCGAAAUACGAUGUCACUUCCGGCUCUGUAGGCCUGACAGUAGCUCCUGUUUAUUAGAAGCACAUGGACAUCCACACCUGAUGACGACCGGAAUUGCUCCUUCUGCGACCGCAGAAUCAUCCCAGCAGCCGCAACGGAAGACAGUCUGUAAAGGGAUAUUUCUCGUCUGUCGGCCAUACCCAACACGGGGGUCACAGUUACUCGAUUCGUUUUUGGAACACAAGAUCGAGAACAUCCGGCUGAACCAGCGCAUAGCCCAACUAAAGGAAGAGGAAGAAGAGGAGUUGAAUUCGAGACCAGGGCAGACGUCAACGACAACGACGACCAGCACCACUACCACGACGACAACGCGCCAGACGUAUGUCUCAACGACACAGACCUCGUUUGCGCAACGAGAUACAUCAGUAUCUGGAGAGGAGAAUGAAUCAUCCGAUACAGUCACCAAUACGGACGACGCCGAUUCACGAUCGUUUCUGGAGCAGGUUGGGGAUCGGUUGCCGCAGACUGAAGACAUGUCUCAUAUUGACGGGAUUGAGGUCAUGACGGGUUUGUACUACGGAGAAGAAGAACGAUCACAGGGAUUGAGUACGGGAGUCCGUCAUGGCCGUCUGAUUCGUUGUAAUACGGAGCAGCCGAAUGCCGUUGCUGCCGGUUCUGCUGCUACUGCCGCUGCUCCGAGCGACCAACAACAGCAGCAGCAGCAGCAGCAACCGUCGCAGGUGCAACCGCAAUCACAGCCCAAGAAUCCUGCAGAGGCCGUCGACAGGAAGAAAAGGAUGAAAGGGGAGUAUAUGUGCACGGAUUGCGGGACGUCGGAUUCACCCGAGUGGAGGAAAGGCCCAGAAGGGCCAAAGACCCUGUGUAACGCUUGUGGAUUACGUUGGGCCAAGAAAGAGAAAAAACGCCAGGAUUUAGGGCCGUAGUGAGGGAAAACGCAAAGAAAAGAAAAGAAAGGGUGGGGCUUGCAUUUGUAUGAAUUGUCAUUUACUAUCUACUGCUUUGCUGCUGUUGCAUUUGCCAGAAGGGGCCAAUUUAGCCCUGCGAGGAUACCCCUGCUUAUGUACCUUUGUGCAUCGUGCUUUUUUU